UAGCAACCGCGACUCCACAGCGCCAUAGACGCUACAGCGAACUGGCUCGUGUUUCUCUAGUAAAUUAGCGUUAAAUAAAAGAAAAUCACUUGGAUUUCAAGUUACAUCACAUCAAAGACCGAAGGUUUUUAUACGAAAGGAACUUUACUCUGAUUAGGAUGGAUGAACAUGACAUUGAACAAGCUAUAGACGAAGAGCUGGAGAAGCUGAGUGUGAAUCUCUCUGACAUGGGCACUGACAGUGAUGCAGACAUUGAGGAAGAUUUCACUGCAUCUAAUGAAAAGCUAGAGAAUGACCUUCCUGACUCAGUGCUUGCCUACUUUAAAGCUUCAAGUAACAGAAUGAAUUCUUUUGAGCAACUCAUCCUUGAAGAUCUUAAUGAUCUCGAGACCAUGUGUAACGAGAUGUUCAGGCCGAGUCAGCAUGCAGCUCUUCUGAAUGAACUGGGCUCGAAUUUUGACGAGGAUCCAUUAAAGCUGAAGGAAAGAAUAAUGUCUGAAAUUGAAGAGCAAGUAGGCUCCCCAUGUGAAACUCAUGACUCGAAUGGAGAUGGAGAUGAUACUGAAUAUGACACGCACAAGGAUUCUGAAAGACAGUUCAUGUUUGAAUGGAGACGGCUGGAGGAGCGACUGAGGAAAGACGAGGAGCAGAGACUGGCCGAGCUCGAGGCUGAGAGGGAGCAGUGUCUGAACUCAGCCAGAGAAGAGGAGGAGAAGAGACGUAGAAGUGAGCAGUUGAAGGAGGAGCUAAGGAGGACCGAAGCAAUGAAUCAGUUUGAAUAUUUGAAACCUGUAGUUGGAGAUGGUGAAAUAAGCCAAAGUCUUCAAUUUGAAAUGGUCAAACAGCAGGAGCUGAUCAAAAUAUUAGAAGAACAGAUAGCGGAGGAGAGGCGAGUUUUCGAGGAAGUACAGCAGGAAGAAGGGAGGAGAUCUGAGGCACGGUGCACUGCAGCAGCCACGAAGUUACAGGCAGCUUUCAGAGGGACACUGGUGCGUCGCUGGAGCAAAAAAGAGCUGACCAAGCGGAGAGAAGAGGAGAGGAGGAGACAGGAGUUGAGGAAAGAAAGGGAAAGGAGAAGAGAGAGGGAGGAAAGGAUGAAGAUGGAGUGGGAGAAUGAGAGAAGGAGGGUGGAGCAGGAGGAACAGCAUCACAGAGAAGAGGCAGAGAGGAGAAGAGCUGAGUAUGAGAGAGCCAAGGUACAUGAGCGUCAUCGCCUGGAGAGAGAGCGCAAGCUGGAGGAGCAGAGAAGAAAAGAAAAGGAAGAAGCAAAGAGGAUAGAUGACGAAAGGAAAAGAAAGGAGGAGGAGGAGAAGCAGAAGAGGAUGGAAGAGAGGAGAGUAGAAGAGGAAAGGAGAAAAGUACAGGAGGAGGAGAAAAUUAAAAAUCAGGAAAAAGCAAAAAGAACUGAGCAUGAAAUAAAAAAAAAAGAUGAGGUAGAAUCGUCGGGAGGGAUGGAAGAGAGGAGAGUAGAAGAGGAGAGGAAAAGAAAAGAUGGAGAAGAAGCAAAGAGUAUUGAGGAUGAAAGGAAAAGAAAGGAGGAGGAGGAGAAGCAGAAGAGGUUGGAAGAGAGGAGAGUAGAAGAGGAAAGGAGAAAAGUACAGGAGGGGGAGGAGAAGAAAAUUAAAAAUGAGGACAAAGCAAAAAGAACUAAGGAUGAAAUAAAAAGAAAAGAUGAGGUGGAAUCGUCAGGAGGAAUGGAAGAGAUGAGAGUAGAAGAGGAGAGGAAAAGAAAAGAAGGAGACGAAGCAAAGAGGAUUGAGGAUGAAAGGAAAAGAAAGGAGGAGGAGGAGAAGCAGAAAAGUAUGGAAAUCAGGAGAAUGGAGGAGGAAAAGAGGAAGGUACAGUUGGAGGAGGAGAAGGAGAGAAAAGAAGUGGAAGAAGCAAAGAGAACUCAGUAUGGAAGAAAAAGAAAGGAAGAGGAGAAGCUGAGACGAAUGGAAGAGGGGAGAGGGGAGGAGGAGAAGAAAAGAAAAGAGGAAGAAGAAAAGAGGACAGAGGCUGAAAUAAAAAGAAAAGAGGAAGAGCAGAAAAUGAUAAAUGAAAAAAGAGUGGUAGAACAGUUUAGAUUAAAGCAAAAAGAACAAGUUAAAAAGAAUGAAACUGAGCAAAUGCAGAAAGAGCAAAGAAAGGGACAGGACUUCAAAGCAGAGGAAAUAGCAAUGAAGAGAAAUGAUGAUAGACAAAACAUGGAGGAAAGAAGUAGAAAUAUAAUUAAGGAAAAAGGAUCUGGUGAUCAGAGAGAAAAUCCAAAGACUGACAAGGAGAGCAAGAAUACUACAAAAUGGGGAAAAGAUGAGGAAUUUGGUGAUAAUGUAUCCCAGCUACUUCUUUCUCAGUCAGUCAAUAUGUCCAAAAGUUUCUUGCCCAGGACUCUGCCCUCUAGAAAUCGGCAAGGCGAGCAGCUCAGCUGUAACCUAGUAUCACCCCUGCCCUCUCCGUCUACUGAUAACAGCAGUGUAACUGCGAGUCCAUUUGAAGAGAAAAGAGUAACGGACACCAGAGGGCUGCAGUGUGCUCUGGAUGACUCGAGCUCUGCAUGUCUGCCUGACAGCACUGAGCAGAAGCGAUUAGCCUGGAUGAUGAACUGCAUAGCCUGGUCCAAGCUCUCCAUGCAGAACAAGAGGAAGGGGCUCAGUGCUCCACCCAGGAGGAGGGCACAUAGGAGAGCUUCAGGACACAGCCUGCUACCUUUACCUGUGGAUGCCAUUCUCAGGUCCGGAUCCUGGAGCUCUCUUAAACAGGUAACUUCAGUAACUCUGGAGGAUUUGUCCAGCUGCAGUCUCUCCACACUGUCUGAGUGCACUAGACUGCAGAGUCUGACGCUCCGGCGAUGUAGCCUACAGGCCCUUGAUGGACUUAACCAGUGUACUGAACUUCAGCAUAUUGACUUACAGGAAAACGAUAUAGCAUAUGUUGACUGUGGGGGUCUGGCCAGACUUGAGGUCCUGCUGUUGGGAAGGAACCAGCUUACGAGUAUCCACGGUCUGGACGAUGCUGUUAACCUGACUGUGCUUCAGCUUUCCCAUAACAUCAUCUCCCGCAUCAGUGGUUUGGGAUCUCUGAAAAAGCUUCACCGUCUGAUAGUUGAUCAUAACCAGUUGAUCAGCACGAGAGGACUCAGUGAAGCUUUCACGCUUUUGCACCUGGAUUGCUCGUAUAACCACCUCAGCCACAUUGAAGGCCUGGAGAACUGUGCACUGCUCAACAUGCUGGACCUGAGAGGAAACAACCUGACAGAGCUGCCUGUGCUUAAGAACCAUGUCCUGUUGAGGGAGCUAUAUCUGGAUGAUAACAGCAUCUGUUCUCUGCAUGGCCUGAAUAGCUGCUGGCUUCCUCUGCUGCGCUGUCUGUCUGUGCCUCAGAACAGUAUCACACUGCUACCACUGCUAGUGGACUUGCUUUCAUUGAAGACACUUAAUGUUAGUCUCAACUGUCUCUCAGAGCUGAGGAACAUUUGUAUGAGUCUUCAGGGAUGCACUCAUCUUCAGGAGCUUAGCAUAACUAACAAUCCUGUCCAGCAGGAGAAUAACUGGAGGUCUUCUGUUCUGGCAGUAAAUCCAAGCUUGAUAAAGCUGAACGGAGAGCAAACCGGCGCCUCAGGAAAACUCUCUGCAGACUCAACACAGCUGUGGAGCUUCCAGGCCCUCUGCCAGGCGCACCAAGAUCAGAUUGACUCAGUACUACAGAGACACAAUGUGGAGAUCAGCUCAGCUCCAUCUGCACUGCAUGCUCAGCUCUUGGUUGGUAAGCAUGCUGCUGAGCUGUUCCAGUUGGCUGAAGAGCAGCGCUAUGCUCAUGAGUAUGGAGACAGCUGUGUCUGCGAGACAGCCAUGCAGGAACCUGUGGCCUCCAGAAGCCUGCAUGAAUUAUCUGCCUGGGAUUUAACACAGGAGAAAAGUGCUGAGGCCAAAACCCAGCAACCAGCAGAGGACAAGACUCUGAGCUGGCAAGCACCACAUGUCCAGAAUGUUACCCAUAACUGCCAGUCUCCAUAUGGUGACUAUAAUGUUGGUUGUGCAGGUAGCUGCAUAAGUCCUACUCAGCAAUUCAGGGACACACAACCGAGUGAAGAUAGAUCCAGCAGAUAUGGUGUCCAGGCAUCCAGGGUGGACCUCAAAACAGUGGCAGUUAUGGUGAUCCAGCGCCGCUGGCGUGAACACAGACAGAGGAGACGCACGGGCCAUUUAGGGACACCUGCAAAAGCUCAUACAAGAUUGAGUCCUCCAAGAAAAGUGAAAUCCAGCAAAAGAAAGCCUGAGUGUCUUAAUAAAGACUACGCUGCUUCUGUCAUUCAGGCAGUAUGGAGGGGAUACGCACUACGGAAGAGGCUGACUCGUGCUCUCAUGCUUGCCCAGAUAUCAGAGGGAGAUGAGCCCUUUGAGGAAGUGGACAUGGAUGAAUUCAUUUUUGAUGAGGAAGCCAUGGAGAAGGACUGGAUUACUCUGCAUUCUGACAUGUCGCCGUCCUCAGUGCUGCCGUAUUCAGAACAGCUGCCGCUGCCAAAGCCUCUGCUUCCUCUGCCUGAGUUUGAUAAAAGUGCAUCCGUGGAGCCAUUUAAGCUCAGACAGGCCUGGAUUAGCGGUGAGGAAGCCCCAGUGUCAGAGCAGAGUCCAUCAACUGAUCCAAGCACAAGAAUGCGAUGUCCUGCAUCAAGACUAGGAAAAUAUUCUUUAUCAGAAAAAUCUGAGAAAAUCCUGGAAGAAUGGGGUUUUAGCAGUUUCUCCACUGCCCUUCUUAUGCUAAAAAGGGCUCAGAGGAUGAAGGCUGGGAAGCAGCAGCAUCCGAGAAAAUUACAGUAUCCAGCGGUACAUUUGACUUUGUUCAAGAACCACGACAUGCGGCCUGUGGAGAUGGCGAUCCAAAGAUCCAGACCUGAAUUCAGAGAGGAAAUUAACGAUGGCAGAGGAGACGUGAGUGUUCAGGAGGCACUCAGAGGAGAGCCAGAGCAAACCCAGACACGCCACAGAACCUACCAGUGGCUCCAAACACAAGCCGUGCCGUGCCGGAGAAGCUCUGCCUCCUCCGUGAGUGAUCAUUUCCUGCCGGAGAUUGACCCUGAAAUUCUGAAUGGUGGAAGGGUUCAGCUUGUGGCUUCUACAGGGUACAGAGAAUCUCCAGAUUCAGCCAUGAGACUGUGGAUUGAUGGUGCUGGUUUCUCUUCAUCUCAGAACCACCAGGCUCACACUCGGACACACUCGGCUGGACAUGCAAAGAAAGAAAUGCCGUCUCCUCAAAGAGUCACCUUGGCUCCAUCUCAAAAGGAGAGAAUCUCAUUCCGAGACAAUCCAGUGCUGCUGAGUGGAGGCUGGGGAGGAGGCAAGAAGAGGUCUAAAGCAAACAAGUUAAAAUAACCUUACUGCAAGAAAUAGACAAUAAUUUUUCCAAUGCCUUGUACAUUUAUUUACACGUGGUUGUAUGCAUGUUCUGAGAAUGAUGGAUGUUUUUUUUUUUUCUUGCUAAAGCGCUUUAAACCCUAAUAAGCUCUAAAAAGUUUUACGAUGCACA